AUGUCCCACGUCGAGACUAAUCUCUUCAUACCUCCCGGCGCCCUGCUCUUUGGCAGCCAGCCGCCCCAGUCGCAUUCCUCGCCUGCCUUCCUGCUUUCGGGCCAAAUGCCGUCCUCCCCACAGCAGCAGCAGCAGCAGCAGCAGCAGCAAACCGGCGACAUGCACCUCGCCGGUGGUGAUGCGCUCACAUGCAUGGGCACCGGUGGUGCCCCCCCGGUGGCGGGCGCCACCGCGGCAGUGCCCCCCGGCUCGCCCUCCUUCGCUCCGCUGAAUGGGGCUGCCGGCGGCGGGGCCGACGGCACGCCCACGGUCGGGGCGCUCAACUCCCCGAAUGGCCUGGCCCCGGGGGCAUCGCCCUCCCCCUCGCCGAUCCCCCCGACGGCGGUGCUGCCGCUGUCCUCGCGCGGUGGCGGCGCCCCGCGCAUGGGCCGGCGCAGCAGCGUCGGCACCCUGCCCUCCAACUAUCCGCGCAUGAUCCGCCGCGGCAGCACCGGGCUCAACUUCGGCGAGUCGACCCCCGGCCCGGGCGGGGCCCUGCUCAACUUGUCGGCCAUCUACAGUGGCACGGCCAGUGGCAGCUCCUCGCCGAUGCUGGUCGGGUCGAGCUCCGGGCCGCUGCCGGCCUUCGAUGAGCUGGCCGAGGCCGGGCCCCAUCACGGCCACCAUGGCGGCGCAUCGUCUUCCUCCUCCUCCUCCUCCUCCUCCUCUUCCGGCGGCUCGACCAAUGGGUCCCAGCACCAUGGUCACCAUGCGGCGGCCAUGAUGGAUGCCGACCCGCCGGUGGGCGGGUCGCCCAUCCUGUCGGCUGACGCGGCCACCGCCGCUGCCGCGGCCGCGGCCGCCGCCGCCGCCGGCCUCAUGGCCGGAGCCCCGCCCAGCUCGCCCGGGCUGUCGCUGUCGCCGCUGUCGCACCUGUCCCUGGGGUCCGGGGGCAUUGCCGGGGCGGGCACCGGCCCCGGGUCCUCAUCCAGCUCGCCGGUCCUUGGGGCCAGUGCGGGCAUCGUGGCCGGCGGCGCUUCCGGCGGCGGGCACCUGCCCAUGUCCUCGGCAGCCCUGCAGCAGCAGCAGCAGCAGCAGCAGCAGCAGCAGGCCGCCGCCCUCGGGGGUGGCAUGGCCGGCGGCCCGGGCAUCGCGUCGACCCCCGUGGUGGUGGGGGGCCCCCCUUCGUCGGACCCCGCCUCGCCGGGGUCCUCGGGCAUGGGGUCGCCCAUGCUCCCCCCGGGGCAGGGGCUUUUCCAGUCUUCGCAGGGCGGCGGCCCCUCCGGGCAUGGCAGCCCGGAGGCCGUCGGUGGCGGGUCCAAUGUCAACGGCGGCGGCGGCGGCGGGGCCCUGACCACGCACAUCGGGCCCAGCAGCAGCUCGCUCGCCGCGCACCAGGCCCAGGCCAUGCUGCAGCAGCACCUCCACCAGCAGGCCCAGCAGGCUGCCCACCACCAUGGCCUGCACCACUCGCUGCAUCACCACCACGCGGCGGCUGCCGCCGCGCACAUGCACUCGCAGCAGCAGCAGCAGCAGCAGCAGCAGCAGCAGCAGCAGCAGCAGCAGCAGCAGCAGCAGCAAAACCCGACUCAGUACCAUUCGCAGCUGCUGAGCGUCAACAACAUCCAGAGCCAGGUCCUGUUCGGGUCGCUGUCCUCCGCCGGGCCCAUCCUCAGCAGCGCCUCGCCGCACUCGUCCUUCUCCUCGCCGAACCCGAGCCCGGCUGACGCCUUCCCCCGGCCCAGCAACCGCAUGAACCAGCCCGGCGGCUCGGUCCGGCGCAACAGCUCCCCGGCCAUCCGGCCCAUCUCCGGGCACCCGCUGUCCGGUGGCGCGUCGUCCAGCUCGCCGUCCGGGCCGUUUGCCGGCAUGUCCAACGGUCCGGGCACCCUGCUGCGGUCGCCCUCGCCCGGGUCCGGGUCGGCCUCCGGGUCGGGGUCCGGGUCGGACACCGGCCGGCGGGGGUCCCUCGGCACCGGGCGUGCCGGGUCCUCGCGAGCCGGGCUGGCGGCGGUGGCCGCGGCCGCGGCCCAGUCCGGCCCCGGCAGCGGCACGUCCUCCCGCGGGGAGCAGUGCCUGUGGGACGGGUGCAAGCUCUACUUCGAGGAUCAGAUUGAGUUCUUCAUUCACCUGAAGUCCGACCACCAUGUGUUCAUCCGGCCGACCUCCAUCCGGGCCUCCUCGCUGACGGACCCGGCCGGGUACGGCGGUGGGGCCGGGUCGGCCGAGGCCGCGGCCGGGUCGCUCGGCAGCCUGAACAUGGUGUUCGCCGGGCAGCUGGGGCCCGGGGCCACCGGCGGCCUGCUGGGCCCGGGGCCGGGCCUGGUGGCCGGGCCCGGGGGCGCCAUGCCCGGCGAUCCCGGCCACUCGGCGGCCGCCGGCAAGAACACCUGCAAGUGGCGCGGCUGCAACAAGGAGGGCCGGCACUUCCGCAAGUACUACGACUAUACGUCGCACAUUGCCACGCACUACCGGGUGCCGCGGUUCUUCUGCUCCCUGUGCGACCAGCUGAUCAUCCGCCGGGGGCAGGUCAUCCAGCAGCACUUCUCGCGCACCCAUCCGGAGCUCAAGCAGGGGACCGGGCCCUCGCCGUCCGGGGCCGUGGCCUCCACCCCGGCCACUCCCUCCUCGCCGACCAUGCCGGAUGUGGGCACCGGGUCGGGCGCCUUCGCCGGCGGCGAGGGCGACCGGCCGGGGCAGCAGCCCGGCGACGGGGGCCUGUCGAACCCGGCCUCGCCGAGUGGCGGGCUGCCGCCGAAUGCGUCGGCCGCGGCGGCCGCCGCGGCGGCGGCCGCCGCCGCCGCCGCCCUCGACGCGUCCAUCCAGUCCUCGGUCUGGAAUCAGUAUGUCAUCGAUCUGGCCAACCUGUCGGAUGACCAGGUCCGCGGGCUGUACCGCCGGUCGCAGGAGGCCCAGGCGCUGAAGAACAUCAUGGAGACCGGGGCCCCGGGGGCCGGGAUGCUGACCGGCCGGCCGGGGGCCGCGGUGGCUGCGGCUGCGGCUGCGGCGGCGGCCGCCGCCGCCGCGGCCGCCAUCGGCAACGAGAUGCCUAUGAAUGCCCUGCCGAAGAUGCCCGUCUCGCCGAUGCCCUGCAUGUCCUACGACGAUGCGGACACCGAGAGCCUGGCCAGCGCCAACAGCAGCCGGAGCAGUGGCUUCUACUCGACGGCUUCCUCCUGCGGCUUCGAGGAUGGGCUCUUCACCGGCGAGUCGGACAACGACGAGUUCGAGUCCCUGCCGAACAUCUACAAGGGCGCCGGGGCCGGGGCGGCCAACCGCCGGAGCAGCCUGGCGGCCACCACGGCCGGCAUGGACCCGACCGGGCAGCUGGGGCUCCUCCGCCGGCGGGGCAGCGCCCCGGCCAUGAGCCUGUCCUCGAUGCCGCUGAUCCGCGACAUCGGCCUGCCCUUUCACCUGGGCCAGCGGCAGUCCAGCUCAUCCAGCCUGAGCAGCGAGCUCGGCGACAGCACCGAGCUUCUGGUGACGCCGCUGGGGGCGGCCACCGGGGCCACCGCGCCCGGGGCCCACUCGCCGCAGCUGCUCUUCCAGCAGGCCGGCCCCGGGGGGGUCGGCGCCGGCGGCGGCGGCGCCGCCGCCGGUAACGGCUACUUCAGCGUGGCCACCAAUGGCCAGCAGCAUGGGUAUGCCGCGGCUCCCGGCGGCGGUGGGGCCCCAGCGCCCAACCCGCUGCUCAUGUUCCAGCAGCAGCAGCAGCAGCAGCAGCAGCAACUCCACCACUCGCAGCAGCAGCAGCAGCAACAACAGCAGCAGCUCCACCACGCUGGCAUGGUGCCCGGCCAUGGGGCCAUCGGAGCCGGCACGCACCCCAAUGGCCUGGCCCUGCUGGGCGCUGGCGGCGCCGGCAUGCCGCUGCACAUGCUAGGCGGCUCGCUGCAGGCGCACCACCAAGCCUCCGGCCAGCAGCAGCAGCAGCAGCAGCAGCAGCAGCAGCAGCAGUCCCCGCAUGCGGCCCACUUCGGCGGGUCGAUGCAUCUGCUCAAUGCCCCGGGCUUUGGCCCGUCGGCCGGGUCCCUGCAGCAGCACCAGCAGCAAGUUCACCAGCAGCUCCAUUCGCCGCAGCUGGCCUCCUCCUCCGGGACCCUGCAGGCAUCACACGGCGGCCCUGGCGGUGUCCAUUUGACCGGCACCGGCGGCAUGGUGGGCUACCAUCAUGGUGGCGCCGGCGGUCUUGUCGGUGCCAACAUCCAGGGGGGCAGUCCCACCAUGUCGGCCACUGGGAGCCUCCUGGUUCCGUACCAGCAGGCCCAGCAGCAGCAGCAGCAGCAGCAGAGCCCCGUGCUCGGCGCGGUCCCCAAUGGCAACGGCCUGCACCCGCAGCAUCAUCACCACCUGCAGCAGCAGCAGCAGCAGCUCCAACUCCAGCUCCAGCAGCAGCAGCAGCAACAGCAGCAGCAGCAGCAGCAACAGCAACAACAACAGCAGCUCCAGGCCCAGCUUCAGCACCUGAAGAUCGACCAGUAUUCCUCGGCCAGCGAUGGCGGCGCCUCGGACUCCGGGCUGUUCGGCGGUGCGGCCCAGAUGCACGGCGCCGGAGCCGGGCUCCUGGGUGGGUCCCCCUUCCCGGCGGUGCCGAACUCGGUGUCUGUGGCACCGGUCUCGGAGGGCGUGUAA